UAGUGUCGCUCCAGCUGUCAAACGGUGACAACUUUAACAGCAGUGAGCUCUAUGUAGCAACCUUGAGCAGUGAGUGUCGCGACUGUUAAUGUUAGACUGUGUGUCAUACUAACAAAUGUACACCGUGGAGAUAAAUAAGCAGAGCCUGAUUGCAGUAAUGGACCAUGAAAAAACUAUUUGGAUAAAAGAGGAAACAAGUGAGAUAUCAAGUUCACCAGGCUCCAUUGUCCAAGUAUACCCCUCUAGUGUGAAAAUAAAGGAAGAACCACAGGAGACUGGGAAUCAAGAGUUACUUCAAGAUCCAUUAAAAAUUGAGGCUCCAUUUUACAACACAAAGGAAGAUCCAGGACUGAAAUUGAAUGUGAGUCUCUCUGAACAUAGUUAUCUGGAAGACCCAUUUAUAGCCUCGGGGUCCACUGAUCAUAUUAAGGAGGAUUCAGUACUAAAUUUAGGAGCAGAAGAAAUUGAGACUUUUAUGUUCAGCAAUCCCGAAUAUGAUCCUGUGGGAGUUAAGAUGGAGGAGGUGGAAGCCUCAACAAGAUAUGCAUCUGAUAGUGCAAGAUUGACUCAGACUACUGGUGGGAGCUGUGGCAUAUCAUGUGAAGACAUUUAUCACCAUGGGCUGGUCCAGGAUGAUUCGGUGAUAGACAAGGAGAAGUCAGCACAUGAGUUUGGUACAGAAAAUGUGACUAUUGACAAGGAAUGCUCAGUUGCCACCCAAUAUGACUGUAGUAAGAGAGAAAAGGAAUUACUUCUAUAUAGCUGUGAUUUCUGCCAACAGAACUUUCCUUCAAAAUACAGACUCAUAAUGCAUGUGUUUAUGCACAUUGAUGGCAUGCAGCCACCUUUGUAUGUUUGUAAGUGGUGUGGUGAGGUAUUUCACAGUAAGGUUAGUUUGAAAACACAUUUGAGAAUGAGAGAGAAUUAUCAUGUCUUAACUGCUGGCCACCAUGAAAAAUAUGACUAUAGUGAUGAGCAUCAAAGCAGUAUCUUCUUGGAUAGUGAGCCAGAAGUUUCUUUUACAGAACACAUUGAACAGUCUUCAUAUAAGGAAACUUGGAAAAUUUCAAAGAAGGCCUCUAAUGACAUGUGUAACAGACACAUGACAAAAGAUGCAGAGAAAACAAGUGCUUAUGGAAUUUUAUCUACAGCUGUUAAUCUCAGUGCCCAGGCUGAUCUAUAUAUUGCAAACAGAACCAACAAAUGUGGUAUUUGUGCCAAAUGGUUUGCAAGGUCAGGCGAUCUGAAUAGACACUUAUUAAUUCACACUGGAAUAAAACCUCACAAAUGUGAAAUUUGUGGGAAAUCUUUUACUUUGUUAGGCAGUCUCAAGAAGCAUUCAUUAAAUCACACUGGAAAGAAACCUCACAAAUGUGAGAUUUGUGGAAAAUUUUUUGCUAGAUCAAAUUGUCUCAAGACUCAUGUAUUAAUUCACACUGGAAGUAAAUCUCACAAAUGUGAGAUUUGUGGAAAAUGUUUUUCUAGAUCAGGUUAUCUCAAGACACACGCGUUAAUUCACACUGGAAAGAAACCCUACAAAUGUGAGAUUUGUGGAAAAUGUUUUACUACAUCAGGUUAUCUCAAGACUCAUGUACUAUUUCACACUGGACAGAAACCCUACAAAUGUGAGAUUUGUGGGAAAUGUUUUGCUACAUCAGGUUCUCUUAAGACACAUGUAUUAAUUCACACUGGAAAGAAACCCUACAAAUGUAAGAUUUGUGGGAAAUGUUUUGCUACAUCAGGUUAUCUCACGAAUCACAUACUAGUUCACACUGGAAAGAAACCUCACAAAUGUGUGAAAUGUGUGAAAUCUUUUGCUAGGUCAGGGAAUCUCAAGAGGCAUGUAUUAAUUCACACUGGAAAGGAACCUCACAACUGUGAUAUUUGUGGGUAAUCUGUUGCUACGUCAAACUAUCUUAACAGACAAACAUUAAUUCACACUGGAAUGAAACCUCACAAAUGUGUGAUUUGUGGGAAAUCCUUCGCUAGGUCAGGCACUCUCAAGAGGCAUAUAACAAUUCACACUGGAAAGAAACUUCACAUCUAGAAAAGACCUCACAAAUGUGAUAUUUGUGGCAAAUCAUUUACUACAUCAGGUGAUCUCAAGACACAUGCAUUACUCCACAUGGGAAGGGGACCUCACAAAUGUGAUAUCUGUGACAAAAGUUUCACUCAGUUGGGUACUUUCAAGACACAUGCAUUACUUCACAUCAGAAAGUAACUACAAGUAAAUGUUAGUUUAUGCAAAUAGAUAUUCCUGGUUGGUGCCCUAAAGGCCUAUAAAAUAAUGACUGUAGUAGGGGGACAAUAAAUUGUAAUGCCUGUGAAAUAACAUUAAAGUGUUGUAGAAUUGUGAAAAAAGUGCAAUAAUCUGUACUAUAUUGAGGUAAGAGAUAAUGUGAAAUAUAAAAAUCGCUAUCUGCAGCUUGAGAUGUUAAGAAAUUGUAUUACUAAAUACUCCAGAAACAUUAAUCAAAUGUGUUUUUGUCAUUAACACUGUCAAUAGUUAUAAUUACCACGCAAUAUUCAGUAUAAGGCCAAGGAAAUGUGAUGACUUGCUGCUUAUUAUUCCAAACAUGGUCAUUAUGUAGUACUUGUAACUCUGCAUUUGAGAAAGUGACAGCAAAAAUAUAUUCAUGGCACUUCCUUCACUCAGGUUCAUAAACUGAACACGGGAGAUCCAUGAUUAUGGCAAUUAUUUUACUCAGGUAUUUUUCCUCAA